UUUUUUCUUUUUUCAUAAUUAUUCCAUUUCCCACCUGUGGAAUUUCCAUUUUAUUUACUUUCUUCUCACAUGCAAACGAAACUUCUCUCUAUUUCCUUUUUGCCCUUUGUUCGUUUUUUGUGAAGAUCUAAAUCUUAGAACAACUUGGGAAAAUCCAAAGCUUCUUAUAGUGAUCUAUAUCUGAGUUUUCUUCUUCUUUUUUUUUUUUUUUAAUUUUUCUGAAUUAGGGGUUUUUAUAUUCAGAUCUAUCUGAAGGGUUGUUGUUUUCUUUCCACUGAUGUCAUUUAAUGAAGGGGUUUGCAGUUAAUUUAAUGAAGUGAAGAAGAUCAUGAUGAUGGAAGGAAAUUUAAUGGUGGAUGAGAAUUUGUCUGUGUUGACUACUUGUGCAUCUGCUGAUCAAAUAACAAGAAAUGAAACUGCCACCGACCCUCUGUAUUCUCAUCACUCCUCUGCUUCUACAAAUCAACAUCCGAAGAGGAAACGGAAUCUUCCUGGCAACCCAGACCCGGGAGCGGAAGUGAUAGCCUUGUCUCCAAAAGCGCUUUUGGCGACGAACAGAUUCAUUUGCGAGAUCUGCAACAAGGGAUUUCAGAGAGAUCAGAACCUUCAACUCCACAAGAGAGGGCAUAACCUGCCAGGGAAGUUGAAGCAAAGAGGCAACAACAAGGAAGUGAGGAAGAAGGUGUACGUGUGCCCGGAAGUGACGUGCGUGCACCAUCACCCGUCGAGGGCUCUCGGCGACCUCACCGGGAUCAAGAAGCACUUCUGCAGGAAGCACGGCGAGAAGAAGUGGAAAUGUGAGAAGUGUUCAAAGCGAUAUGCUGUUAAAUCAGAUUGGAAAGCUCACUCCAAGAUUUGUGGCACUAGAGAGUAUAGAUGCGAUUGUGGAACCCUCUUCUCAAGGAGGGACAGUUUCAUAACCCACAGAGCAUUUUGUGAUGCUUUGGCUCAGGAAAGUAGCACAGUUACAUCAUCAAUCAUGAAUAACAAUUCUUUAUUCCCUUCAUUUCUUCGCCCUAAUUUAUUCCCACUCAUCAAAACAGAAGAAGGCAAAGGCCACCCUUUUUUGAUCUCUCAUGAUCAAAUAAUUCCCUCAUCCAAUAAUGAUAAUAGUAAUCCUACACUUCAUUUUUCUACAUUGGAAAAUGGGCAACACCACCCUCUCUUGCUCCAACAAAACCCUAACCCUAACCCCACCAACCCUACUUCUACUCCCAUCGGGUUCGGGUUGGUGGGUUCGGGUUUGGGUCCACUUGUUGGGUCUUGCCCUGCAUGGGAGUCAUCGUCGACGACGUCUCUUGCUGAAAAUUCUUCUCCUCUUCCUCUUCCACCUUCUUCGUUUUUGCAUCAUAUGAUGAGUUUUGAGGAGGCUUCGUUUGAAGAAGCUCUCAAUGGGAUACUGAUGAAUGGGGUGGAUAGAGACGUCGGUAAAGGUGGUGGCGGUGGCGGCGGCGGCAGCGACGGAGAGACGAGGGAUUUUUUGGGGCUGAGAGCAUUGGCUAGCUCAGAUCACAUCUUCCAGGAUGAGAUAAACGACAUGUCGAAUUUGAACUCUUCUUCACUGUUUGGUCUGCACCAGAAUCAUCAAACCCAGACGACAUUUUGGCGUCAUUAGUUGCUUAAUUAUUUAAUUAAUUAAUUUGGUUAUCUUUCUGAAUAGACCGAAUUUUACUC